AUGCUGAUGCCCCUGAGUGGACUCUUCUGGUGGUGGUGCUGCUGCUGCUGUGCCCGCUCCUGCUGUGGAUUGUGCGCCCCGGCUCCCCAGAUGUUGCGCCACCAGGGUCUCCUCAAGUGCCGCUGCCGCAUGCUCUUCAAUGACCUGAAGGUUUUUCUACUGCGGCGCCCCCCUCCAGCGCCCCUGCCCAUGCACGGAGACCCCCAGCCCCCCAGCUUGGCGGCCAACAACAACACCCUUCCGGCUCUAGGUGCCGGGGGGUGGGCAGGCUGGAGGGGCCCUCGAGAAGGGGUGGGCAGGGAGACCACUCCUCUGCCACCUCCACCACCUUUGCCACCUUCUUCUGUGGAAGAUGACCGGGGUGGCCCAGCCACAGAGCCACCCGCCUCGCUGCUCAGCAGUGCCUCCUCAGAUGACUUCUGUAAGGGGAAGGCUGAGGAUUGCUACUCACUGGGCAGCAGCCUGGACAGUGGCAUGAGGACCCCGCUCUGCCGCAUCUGCUUCCAGGGCCCGGAACAGGGGGAGCUGCUGAGCCCAUGCCGCUGUGAUGGCUCGGUCAAGUGCACGCACCAGCCCUGCCUCAUCAAGUGGAUCAGCGAGCGGGGCUGCUGGAGCUGUGAGCUGUGUUACUACAAGUAUCACGUCAUCGCCAUAAGCACAAAGAAUCCUCUGCAGUGGCAGGCCAUCUCUCUGACAGUCAUUGAGAAGGUGCAGAUUGCAGCCGCCAUCUUGGGUUCCCUCUUCCUCAUUGCCAGUAUCUCUUGGCUCAUCUGGUCGACCUUCAGUCCCUCGGCAAAAUGGCAGCGCCAAGACCUCCUCUUCCAGAUCUGCUAUGGGAUGUACGGAUUCAUGGACGUGGUGUGCAUAGGUCUCAUCGUGCACGAGGGACCCUCUGUGUACCGCAUCUUUAAACGGUGGCAGGCUGUCAACCAGCAGUGGAAAGUGCUGAACUAUGACAGGACGAAAGACCUGGAAGAUCAAAAGUCAGGAGGCAGGACAAACCCCCGGACCUCCUCAUCCACCCAGGCCGAUGUCCCCUCCUCCGAAGAGGAGGCUGUGGGCGCCCCUGGCCCUGAGGAAGGCCCUACCAGGGCGGCCAGCCACCCCUCAGGCCCUCUGUCCGAUCACCACUGUGCUUACACCAUCCUGCACAUCUUGAGUCACUUACGACCUCAUGAACAGCGGGGACCCCAGGGCGGGAGCCGGGAGCUUGUCAUGAGGGUCACGACAGUGUGAGGCGAGAGACCUGGAAAGGAGGCCGUGACCAUGCACAGAGAUGGGGAGGCUGGGCCAGGAAGGGGCCAAGGCCUGGCAGGCCACAGUCUGGGGAGCAGGUGUGGGGAGGCAAAGUGGCAUCCCAGGGGCUGGAGCAGACGGCAGGCAGAAGGCAGUGGGCCUCGUGGGGGCCCUGGAGGCAGGGUCAGAGCUGGAGCGAGUGA